AUGAUGAAUAGUAUUGAUGUGAACACCAGUAUAGGAGUAGUGAGGGGUCGGACACUACAUGUGUUGACCACAAAUGUGGACCAAUUUCUGGGCAUUCCUUACGCCGAACCCCCGGUCGGCAAACUUAGGUUCGCAAAACCCGAACCUAUUAUAAAGCCAUUCCCCGAUAUAAUUGAUGCGACAAAACCCAAGCACUUAUGUAUACAGGGGUCGUCUGGACUACCUUUCCUUCCGGACACAGUUCAGAGUGAAAACUGUCUGGUGCUUAAUAUAUGGACAACAAAUACCACAGCAUUAAAGCCAGUGAUGUUUUGGAUACACGGAGGGAGUCUUAAUGUGGGCUCAAUAUUUAACGAGUGGUUUAAUGGUAGUGUUUUGGCCACACAUGACGUGGUAAUUGUCUCAACAAACUAUAGGUUAGGACCGUUGGGUUUCCUAUACGGGGAUCGGGAGGACGCGCCCGGAAAUGUCGGACUCUAUGAUCAGUUAUUGGCUCUCAAAUGG